AUGCCUCAUCCCCGCCGCCGGAGCCCGGAGAGCUCCAGGAGGCGGAGGCGCGAGAAGCGACUGUCGCGCGAGGAGAAGGAUAGCCUGUACUCGUCCCCUAACAGCAUCACGCCUCAGCAGAUGCCGGGCAGCUACAGCGCCGACAGCCCACAGCAGCAGCAGCAGCCGUAUCAACCUCCUCCGCCUCAAUCCCAAUUUCAACCUCAAUUUCAACAACCACAACAUCAACAGCCUCCGCUGCCGCUGCAGCAACAGGCUUUCCCCUCACCGCCGCAGCAGCAGUAUCCCUAUCCGCAGCACUACCAACAGAUGUCGCUGCCAAUGCCGCAGCACCACACGCCGUCGCAGGAUGCGGCCCAGCCUCGGUCCCGGGCCUCGUCGGGCUCGCUGUCCUCGUCGCCAUCCUCCUCAUCCUCCUCAUAUACGGAAAUCUCUCGAGUAUAUCCCGCCUCUCGCUUUGGAAACUUCAUCAGCACAUUUGUCAAGGCCCCGUCAGAAGUGCGCCGGAAGCAUCGCCGCAGGGGCAGCGGCACCAAGAAGCGCCGCGGCGUUUUCUUUGGCGGCGGCAGCAACUCGUCUCACUCGUCAAUCAAUUCCGACAUGGCAUACGGCACCGGUUUCGUCAAGAAGGAAAAGGAUCGGUCCACGCGCUACAGCAGCUCCGUUGCGGGCUCCGCCGUAUCGGGCUCUCGACAACAGCAGCAACAGCAAUAUCCCCCAGCCGCCGCCACCAGGCCAUCCCCUAAACUACUUAAUGAGGGGAAGCGUAAUAAGACGGAUGAAGAGAUUCUUGCCAUUGGACGUCAGCUGUCAGAUCUGGCCCGGAGGUCCAACGAGGAGGACUUACGCGCCGUGGGAAAGACCCGGCCGUCCGGACUAGCAUCCACUGCCGCCGCCAUCAGUGCACUGCGAAAGAGCAGAAAGGAAGCCAAAAAACGAGGCCUUGCUGGCUCCAAGAAACACCGCGCAUCAUCUUCUGAUGAAUCGGACUGGGAGUCGGCCUCCGACGAUGACGGCGAUUCUUCCGAGAGCUCCUCAAGCGAUGACAGCACGUCUGCUCUGGCCUACGGCGGUGAUUCCUCCCGCUCCAAUGUCGCACUGUCCGGGUUGAUGGGGGCCGCCGCCGGAGCCGCCACCGGAGCCGUAGCCUCUUCCGUUGCCAGCUCCAAACCUACGUAUCAUAGCAGGAAGAGUUCUGUUGUGGAUCCACGCCUCUUCGGUCCGGUCAACUCAUUGCGUGGGCUGGUUCACACCCCCUGCGGGUUUGGAGAUGAACAGCCGCCUCCGGCUUCGAUGAGCUCAAAUCGUUACGACAAUGACAGACCGGCCACUGGUGAAUCGCAGGCCGAUUCCACCCACCGCCCAGGACCCAUCCCCCUCCAGCAGCCAAUCCCCAUGGUGCCCGUCUCGAACAAGGUCUUUGAGGCCGGCAGGCGAGACUCUCGAAACAGCUACCGCCGUCAGCUCUCUAAUAGUGGGAGCCUUGACCCUACCCUGAGCGGAGGUGUUGCGGCUGCAGCAGCCGCAGCAGCAGCUGCCAUGGCGGAUCAAAGAGGGCCUUGGACGGAAGACCGUAUUUAUCGUGAUAAUGUAAAACUCACUCGUCCGGAUCCAGAGGAAGAUUAUUUUCAGCGGGACCAGGCACCCUUUGAAGAACUGGAGCGCCGGAGGGCCAAUCCGGAGGUAUACUAUAACCGCCGAAACGAUAAUGACUCCCCUCGACUAGAAUCCGACCGCCAAAUGCCCGACUAUGGCAAGGACUCGUCUAACUUGCCUAGAGAUAGCAGGUCCUGGAUGGAACUUCAUCCAGAAGAGCGCAAGGAGACCCUGAAAUACCAGACUACCUACGAUGCUCAUAUGAGAGAUACGGAGAGGCAGCUACGCGAGGAUAAACUCCGCGAUGCCCAGAGGCAACAGCAGCAACAGCAGCAACAGCAGCAACCCCCGCAACCCGCUCGUGCGAUAAAGGCAGGUGACCGGAAUAUUGAGACGACUGCCCAGCCCGUUCCAAAGCCCCUUGUUGACCCUUUUCAAUACCAGGUUGCCAAUGAUGCCUUCAACACUCCCCAGUUCAACACACCCCGCCGGGAACGAACACCCGAAAUCGUCACCGUCAAUCGUGUUCCCAAUUUUGCCGACCCUUCGCCUGCUCCUGCCUCUGCACCCCCUCCACCUCAAAUGCCAUUGCGACCGCAGAGCAAUGCGGACAUCAGGCUCAGUCGAAAGGACUCGUAUGAGAUUGAGAGAGCAGCUGAAGAGAGGAGAAGGGGAGGUGAGAGUGAGUCUCGGAGCAGAGACCCUCGGGGUGGGUACGAAUACGAACAGGAGGAAAAGGACGCUCGGUCUAUCCUGGAUGAGGCCAAGCAUUCGACGAUCCCGGUCGCUGCCGUUGCCAUCGCCUCCGCUAUUGCUGUCGAGGAAGAGCGGUCGCGAGAGCGUAAACGCCGCGAAUACUCGGAUGAUGGUUCUCGAGAUCGAAGCAGGCCAGAAAAGGACUCUGUCCAGGAGGAUGCAGACAGAUAUUAUCGUGAGUCUGUGAUUGCGCGAAAGAUUGCGUCCGAUGAGAUUCGGUCUCGCAGCCACUCCCCUGAUGAAUCCGUGGUGGACAAAUGGGAGAAGCCGUCGGCCGAAGAAUCAUUUUCCAUCGUCGCACCUCCCAGCAUGGAAGAUAGGGAGCAUGACGAUGACGAGAACCCUUACGCGCCUCCCAAUGCCGAUGUCAGGAUUGACAAUGAGAUUUUCCCACACGAAACUGACCGGUUCCGAGCCACCAAUGGGGCUGAUGCCUCGAGAUUCAAGUCUCGGGACGCUUCGUGCGAGCGUGAACGCCCCUUGCUGAACAUUGUUCGUCCCACUCCGGUGCCUAGCCCUGAUUCCACAUCUGUAGGGCUGAAGCAACCAGCGGAGGUGCCUGCAUCUCGAGAGAUUGAAAAAGAAGAAGAAUCAAUUGCGUCAUCUGAGGAUGAAGAAUCCGAUGCAAAGGGCGAGGCAACGCACUCGUCACCAAGCGGCAAGUCUGUCACUUGGGGCGAAAACUCGACAAAGCGAUUCGUAGUCGAAUCUCCCGAAUCUCGUAGCCGUGCAGAGUCCCCAAACGAGUUGGCUGAGGCGGAAGACAAACCCAGGCCCCGUCUCAGCAAGAUUAGCCAAUGGGGCAAGAUCGCCGCUAUGAUGGCCGCUGGCACCGCCGAACCGACCACUGAGCUUGAUCGGCACACUGCGUCGCGGAGCCGUGAUCUGCCUGCCGAUGACGAUGUCAACGGCGCACCACCUGUUCCUGGCCCCAAGCCGGCUAGCCCUGAGCCUGAACAGAUGCCUGGGACCUUCUCCGAUGAUCUCGAGUUUACAGCUACCGUGGCAGCCGGCCUAGAGAAGAGCGGGUUCGAUCCUAAUAUUGUAAUUGACGAUCCGGAUUUUCGCCGCCGAGGCUCUCGCCCAGCCGAUGCCGAGAGAUCAGUUGAAGAGCCUGUACCAGCCCCAGAAGAUGAUCUGGCAAAAGACAGGGAAGUGGUAGCAGACGAAGAAGAGCUCUCGUUGGCUGAUACAGAGGAGUCGGAGGAUGAAAAAACUCAGAAGCAACGGAAGCUCAACGCACUGGAAAAAUAUCUUCAGAUGCGACAGUCUGGUGAGAUCAAACCGCCGUCUCAGCCGGCCGAGCCAGUCGAGACGCCGGCCGUAGUGGAACGCCCAAUCACGCCUCCUCAGAAUAAUGAGCGACGAAAUAUGCUAGAGAAAUUCCUCCAGCGUCGACAAUCAGGCGAGAUUCAGCCUCCACGCGAAGUACUAGAGUCGCGUAACUUGGAGCCGGUUCCUGAGGCUCAAGACGAUGACGAGGACAAAAAGGCCAAGAGAGAGAGGCUGGAGAAGUUCCUCCAGAUGAGACAAUCCAACCAAACCGAGGAGCCCGAGACCACAGAGGCUGUACCAAGGCACGAACCUGAGGCUGAACAGCCCCCGACAAGGACACCACUCCACCCGGAAGCUCUGGCUCAAUUGGACGACAGUGCCUCCGAUUUUGCUCCCAGCAAGUCAAAGAAGAAAAAGAAGAAGAAGCGACGAGAUCGCCUAGAUGACGAACGAUCCGGGCUGUCUAUUCCGGGCGACGAAGGUACUGAAAUCUCAAGGAUUUCGGUGCCCGGUGACGAGGCUACCGUCUUUAGUGUCGAAGACUGGGAAGACUGGGACAGUUCACCAAGAUCCACGCGAAGGUCUAUAGUGGCUUCAGAACUGUCCACCUCUAGCAGGAGGAGCACCCGGCCGAAGCGCCGGAGCGGCACAGAGAAGGACCUUCGUGAGAUUGACGGCAACGAGCCGCCGCCAUAUUCGAGAGAUGGUCCCACUGAUCAUGAUGACGAAAGAAGGGCGAGAAGCCGGGAGAGCAAAUCUUCACAGUAUAAUGAUAAUAGCGAGAAACCCAUUUCAUCGCGUAAACGCAAAGACUCUUCCGGAAAAAAGUCUGGCUUUCUCUCAGGCAUCUUCAAUAAGUCCGGCGGCAAGGAAACCAUUAAUGAAAAGGGGGACUCUUUUUUUGAGCAAGCCGGCAUCCUUGGCGCGGGUGCCGGCCUAGCGAGCCUUGCUGCAUCUGCAGCAACGGCCUUAACUCGCUCAAAUGCCGCCGAUGUCUCCUCGGACCCGGAGAACAUCUCGCGAGAUCUCCCUGGCUCGAGCCGGGAGGAUGAAGAUGUCUACCCCGUGAUUGCUCCCCGAGCAAUUGCUAUUGAUCCCCAGUAUGGAGAUCUGCUCCCUCUACCACCAAGCGAACCGGGUACUCCCCUAGAUGCCAGUCUUGACAAGCUGCCGGGCCUGCCCGACAGUCGCCCUGGGACACCGGAUGAAGAUCGGGCCCGGAGAUUUGAAAAGACCCAUCGCCGGCAACGAAGCAAUCAAGAAAGCUCCCGCAACAGGUCACACAGCAACACUGCUGUCCCUCUAGCACUGCUCAGGGGUAUCGGGUCUAGCCCUUCCAGCCCAGUUAUGGCCUUCAAGCCUCCCCGUACGCCACCACGGCCAACCUCUUGGGAUAGCACCAAAGAGUUUAUGCCUUUGAUGCUUCUCGAGCAUGCCAGGCGCGGAUCAGCUGACCUGAAAGGCGAAGAGCUACCGCCUCUACCGCCCAGUGAAGUCUCGAGCGAAGCCGAGGGCGGAGCAAUGUCUGACCGGGAAGAGGACCGACUAUCAUCUGCACUACGACUACGUCCUGAAGACUUCCGAAGCCCCAUGCCUCCAAACGACGGGUUCAGCUCUACUGAUCAUCAACUCCGACUCCAGACCGACAUUCCGACAAUGGGCAGAUCUGUAUCCGACGAGGGAUCCGAAGGUUCCACGCCAAAGGCAGACUUGACGUAUGAGCUGCCGGUUCCGCCUACUAACAACACUCUAGGCGAUUACGACGCACCUGCUCCCGUUGAGUCGACCCCUUCGUCAGGCCAAUCAGCCAGGACAGUGGAUGCUCAAGCCAUACCGAGCCCUACAACUCCUACACGGCGCUUCCUCUCUCCCAACAAGGAUGUUCGCCAUCAUGCCGAAGAAUUGACCUCAGCAGACGCCUCCGACGACUUCGAGACCGCACGCACCUCGCCUGCUGAUAUAAACGACGACGAUGAAUUAUUUGAACCGCCGCCCAUUGAGCCAUCGAUGCUUGGCGCUAUUCCUGAAUUUUCAAGACCCGCAAAAUUCUGGGAGGACAAGGUACCGGAACAUUCAGAACCGACAUCUGUGGAUAAGGUGAUUGAGACUUUGCCUAGCAUUGAGAAUGUCCCAAAGGACCAGGCCCAGGCCCGCCAGGGGAGCCCCAGCUAUCUAGACACCUUACUAGAAUCCGCCGAGGAAUCGUCAACAAAGGGUAAGAACAAGUCCCUCUUACCUGAUGCGGAUACCGACUUCGACUUAUCUGCUCAACCUACGGCCGACGAGACAUUAGCUGCAUUUGUUGAGGCUCCGGAAUCAGUUCUUGCCAAGGAGCCUGCUCUAGAUGCCGAUAGGGGAUUCUCAGAUGAAUAUACUUCGAUUAAGGAACGCAAAGCACUGCCAGUGAUGGUUGAAGAUGAGUCGGAGCCGGAGCCUGAACGUCAUACUUCUGGACCUGAACUUGAGUUGGACAAAGAGCCAGUGGCGGUUUUUGAGCCUCUUGAUGAGGUUGUUGAAGCGCCAUACACUGAGACUGUCGACAUUGUACCUGUGUCUGAAGAGCUCCCGUAUGACACCAUUGCCGAAUCAACUCAACACUCCGACUCCGAAGAGGUUGAGGAAAUCGUCAUUGGUACCAUGCCGGUUGCAAAAUCUCGCACCAUCACUGAAGAUGCUACCGAAGUAAAAGCUGAGCCUGUCUUGGAGGAGCCUGAGCCUGUCCAAAGAGAUGCCGGGCAAGAAUACCCAAGGAAGCCUGAGGCAUCUCCAGUUAUUGAAGACUCAGAGGAGUCAGAAGAAGAGGAGGAAACAGAUGAGGAGGAUGACUCUGAAGAUUCUGAAGAGUCGGAAGAAGACUCCGAGGAAGAGGAAGAACACGCUGUUGCAGAUGUUGGAAAGCACGUCGGUGAAGAGGGACACGCGGUUCGCGAUAUGACGGCGUCUGUCGAAACUCUGGGGGCUGUUUCUGUUGUGUCAUCGAGCUCUAAGAAGAGCAAGAAGAAGAAAAAGAAGAAGAAGAAGAAGAGAAAGAGGAAGAAGAAGACCAAGGCGGCGGCGGCAGCAGCUGCAGCCGCAGCCGCACUCGCAGCAACAGAAGCCUCCCAUGACACCCCCAUUCAACAUGCCAAGGAAUCCACUGAGUCUAUCAUUAUGCCAGUCGUGGAACCUAUCACCGAGACACCCUCAGAUGCCACAAGAGCCCUUCCUACGGAGUUUGAUCGAAAUGACUCCGAACCCAUUACACAGCCUGGCCCUGUUGAUGCAGUAGAAGCAGUGGAAGCAGCACCCCUUGAUCUUGCCAAAGAAUCUCCUAUUCAGGAACCAGUAUCCGAGGCCCCAGAGCAGUUCACGCGAGAGAUUGCAGAGGAACCUAUAAUUGAAAAAGCACAAGAAGUCGUUGCAUCUCCCGAGUUCACUCCCCGCGAGGGCUUGGAGCCUGUAUCUGAACCUACACCUCUCGCUGAGACCGAAGAGCCACAGACUAUACCAUCGACUGCUGUCGAGAGUACAAAUAACGACGCAGACGGCUUGGAGGAUGAGCUUUUGAAGUGGGCCAAUACCGAUAGUGAACCGAUUCCACAUUCAGACCACGCCAGGAUUGAUGAGACAGAAACACUCUCACCAGAGCUGAGCGAGAAACAAGAUGGUGAAAAGAGGAGCAUCCAGGUCGAAGAUGAGACCACUGCUGUUGAAGAAAAGCCUGAAACUCUUGCCCCCGUACAGGAAGAGUUUCCCUUACAGGAAGAGGUCUCUGCUCCCGUCAGCGCUGAAUUCGACCCAGUUUCCACUGGUGAGGUUCCUGCCGAUUUACCUGCCAAAGGAGAAGACGAUGACUCUGCUGAUAAAGAUCGAGAGGUAAUGGUGACUGACGAAGUGGAGCCUGCGGUAGAGGAGACGCCUAUUGAAUCUCCUGCUGUAGUUGAAGAGCUUGUCGAUGCAGAUGCCACAGACCCACUAGCUUCAGAUGCUGAUGAACUAGCAUCUGUUCCACGAGAAGAAUCGCCUUCAGCUGACCGCGAAUGGGAGGCCGCUCCUGAAUAUGAAGACACAAUGCUGCCCACAAUCAUGGAAGAGCCUGGCUUUGAAGAGGGUAUUGAGGGUGAAGACGAGUUUGAUCGCGAUGCACCCUUCAGCGACCAACUGUCCCCUAUCCUGGAGGAGUCAUUGGAAGACUUAAUGGAAGAUUCGGCUCCUGAAAAGACGUCUGAUCAAGAAUCCAUCGAAGCAGCACUAGAGACUAUACCAGAGGAAUCAGCCUGGAGCAUUGGUCGAUCUGAGGACCAACCCGAGCAGCAGAUCACCGAGGAGACAAGAUAUCUGGAGCCCGUUGGAGAGGAAUCUGAUGCUACAGCCGUAGUAGAAGACAUCUCUCUCGAACCACAAAUGGAUGAAAACGUACCGCGAUCCAUUGGUGAAAUAGCCGAGACACCAGACAGCAAACCUCUCGACUGGGCUCCUCCUCAGCUACCAUCUUUCGCCUCUGAUAUUUCUGAGCCAUUGUUCACUCAGGGUGAUGCUCCUUCUGAGUACCCUACUCAGCAAUUCCCUGCUAGCUAUGAGCCAACGCAGAUGGACGAGAGUUUUGCAGUCCCCGAGGAGCCUUCUCGAUCACCACCCCCAGUACCUGAUGCUGCGGAUGAAGGAGACUCUAAAGCAAUCGAACCUGAAUACUCUGAAGUCCCGGUAGUCCCUGAGGAACCUUCUCGCACGCCACCCCCGGUACCCGAUGCUGCAGAUGAAGGCGAUUCCAAGGCAGACGAAUUUGAAUCACCGGAAGCUGUCGUAAUACCAGAGGAGCCUUCUCGACCGCCGCCCUCUAUACCUAGUGCUACAGAGGAAGCUGAAUCUUUGGAUGCCGUUGAAUCCCCCGAGGAGCCUUCUCGACCACCACCCCCGGUACCUAAUGCCGCAGAUGAAGGUGACUCCAAGGCAAAUGAAGCAGAACUCUCAGAAGGUCUUGUAGAACCUGAAGUUGAUGUUCCAGCAUUGGAACAUCAGGACAAACUCGAUGAAAACGUGGCAGACUUCACUGAUGCUGCUGAUAUCGCCCCCUCUGUUGAAGAGCGCGAACUGGUUGACGAGCAACUGUCUACCGCAGCCCCCGAUGCUACUGUCCAGGAGCCUGAGCUCAAAGAAGUCAAUCCACCAGUAGAGGGAGACAACGAAGAAAGGCAAGAAAGUUCUGUCUCCCUCGAUCUUGAGCCGACAAAGCAAGAGCAGGAACCUGAGAUGACUCCGGACGAACAAUUGGAGCCGCCCGCUCUUGAAGCUCCAAUUGAGGUCCUACCAGAGACAAGAGAAUUCCCUUCAGCAGAUGAGAGCCAAAGUAUAGAAGAGCAGCAGCCUCUACAGGAGGAACACAAGGCACAAGAUGACACGGCAAUCGAGCAACCCUCUGGUCAGGAUUUGAACCCAGAUGUGACCCCUCAAGAAGACCAAAGCACGCUAGAUUCAACGCUCCCCGAGCCACACGAUGAAGACCAUGAGGCCAAGGAUGUGGAAUCUGUAUCUCAGCAGGAACCUGAGACAAUGCCACUCCAGGAGGCCGAGCGAGAACUGGAUCUAGAACCAAAAGCAGAACAGGAAGCUGCCGAUGAUGGAUUGCAGCCGCCGAUGAACAACACUGAUCUGGAAAACGAGGGUUCUGGAGAAAUUUCUAGGGAGGUUGACUUCGAUACUACUAAGUCGGAUACGCAUUUAGAAACUGGAACUUCAGAGGACGCUCGACCAAUUCACGAAGAGCAGCAUAGGCCGGAGAUGGAGAACAACGACACGGAGAAUCUCGACGCGGAAAAGGGAGAAGAGAAAUCGGAAAAUCCUGAACCAUCUGUAGAACUUGAUUCGACUGGUACUUUAGACCCCUCAGUGGAAAACAGCUUUCCUCAAGAACCUAAUAUGACAUCUGAACUGGAACAACCCACUCUGGAAACUGAAAUAGUUGCACCGUCAACUACGCCACCAAACGCAGAGGAGAAAGUGGAAUCGGAGUAUCCACUUCAAACCGAAGAUUCUGAACAAAUGAAUCUCGCUCAGGAUGAUGCUAUCGCUCCUGUAAGCACGGAGCAUCAAGAUCCUAGCGCAGAGAUUGAACCUGCCACAGAGGCCGAGCUACAGACCGAAGACCCCCUGGCACCGCAAGAGGCUCAGCCACCAACUGAAAAGGAGAUUAACGAGCCUGAAAAUGAACGCCAAGGAUCAGCUGUGGCUGAAGGCCUAGACCAAUUCGAGGCCCCGGCAGAGAUUAUUAAGGAAGACUCGAUCGACACUACGUUACCGGGUUCGGAUACGGUGAAAGAUGCCAAUGAUGCUUCACGCUUGGACAAAGAGACUGCUGUGGUUGAUGAAGCACGCUCUGAUCCUACGGAUGUUGUUGACUCUGGUAUUCCCGAGACGGCUCGGGAUAUCACGCCGGCCGUCGAAGACAAGGAAGCGGCUGGUGACUUUGACGAUUUACAGCCAGAGGUCCCCAGUGCAACGACAGAUGCUCCUGCUGAGGAUGAGCACAAGCUUGAGGAAGCUCAGCUAGAAUUGAAACCCGAAGAGCUUCCGUUGGAGCAAGCCUCUGACGAACACCAGCAAGAACCAAAGUCUGAUGAACCUGAACCAGAGUCAGUAGUCGAGGAGUCUCACAGAGAAUUGGACCCUACCUCUGAAGAGAUUCAGCAAGAGCCAACUAUGGAAGAAAUCCAGCAAGUGCCAGUUGUUGAAGAAGUCCAGCAGGAGCCAGUAUCGGAAAUCCAGGAACCCAGACUGGAAGAGCCCCACCACGACUCAUCUGACGAUGAAAACUCUCCACUGCAAGACGUAGACGAGGCAACGGCCAAGAAGAUUGCCAAGAAGGAGAGGAAGAAGGCUCGAAGACGUGCUCGUGCAGCAGCCGCCGCUGUUGAAGAAGCUGUCGUGGACCCAGUCGCGUGGAAAGAUGACGCUCAAUAUCAAUCUGCUACUGAAGAGAUAUACAACUCUCACCCUCUCGAUUCAGCUGGUACAGCUGAGCAAGAUGGUCUUGUACCCGAUAUCCUAGAAAAGGAGGCCGGUGUUGUUCUGAAGCCUACGGAUCUAGCUCAGCCUGAUGCUCAAGCUCCUGAGCUCGACACAAUUUCGGAAUCUCACGCCUUGGAGUCGACUCAUGACAAAUCGAUUGAGCCUCCUGUCAUUGCAGAAAGCGAUGUACCUGUUGACAAUGUUGCCGCGGAUUCGGAACAAUUGCCACCUGCUGAGGCAAUUAGCCUGCCGACUGAAGAACCGUUGUCUACUGAGCCGGUUGAUCAGCCUGAACCUGAGGCUGCUUUGCCGGCUGAACCUCAAGAGGAAACUUCUAAGCCUACAGAGGAACCCCAAGAGAAACCAUUUGUUCCUGAUUCCCCUGAAGUCCGACAGUCAAGAACCUGGGAAACGGACAAGUCUCGCAAAAACUCAUCCAUGUUCUUAUCCAUUCCCGGAGCAGCAGACUCCUCUGGAAGUGAAGAAGACAGCGACGAUGACGCUUCACUUACCGGCUUCGAGGUGACUGCUACUCCGCGUGGAGAGCAACAUGCCCACAGAGAUCGACACAGAAAGAAGAAAAAGAAGAAAGGAGGCAAGAAACACAAGCGCAAGAAGUCUCGCAGUGGCGGAAGUGAACGCGGAAGUGACCCAUCAUCCUCGCUGCCGAGUCUCCCAACGACUUCUAAUCCCAACCUCACCGGCAGUGUGCCUAAUGUCAGUGACGGCCAACCUUCUAUUUCCGAUGAACAUGUCGACAACGAACAGAAACCAUCUUCCAACGUCGGAGAGAGUGCCACCGCCGAGCCUCCAGCGCCAGUGGCCGGUGGGUCAAGGAACAUUGACGAACUUUUGUCCGAAUUUGCAGAUGAUCCUGAGUUGAUGGACCCUCCGCAGAGCCAGCGCGUUGGAAGCAUCACUGCACCGCUAGAUACUAUCCCUGAAGAUGCUAGCGGAGAAGAUGUAGGAUCUCCACGGCUGAAAGAACCCAUGAGCUUGCCCGACAACAAGGAUCCCGAGAUGUCACGUCCUUCUGAAGAACAUAUCGACCCCGCACCUCAAGAAGAAGAGCCAGAAAACGCAUGGGAUAUGUUUACGGGCAACUGGGGCAAGUCUUCCGGGAAAAGGUCCGAAUCUGACCUUACGAGAAGUUUAGAGCUCGCCCCGGACGAGAGACCACCCCAAGAUCUCUUAGACCGUAAGCAGCCUCAUAUGAUCCAAGAUGCACCCCUGGUUGACGAACCCGCGGAGAUUUCUACACCGCAGCGAAGGAAUAGCCAAACAGACAACACGGCAAGUGAUGAGCCUGCAGGAUCUGAACUGCAGACUGAGAAGCGAGCCUCAUCCUUUUCUGGAACCCAAUCGCCAAAGGGAAAGGACCCGAAAAGCAUGAGGCCGGGCUCAGCAUCUAGCCAAGGAUCUAACCAGUGGCUCGGAUUCCUCUCUGAACGGUUCGGCCCUAAAAAAAAGAAGGAUAGGGACAGAGACAAAGACCCAAUAGGGGAAGAUGACAAAAAAGACCCCAAUGAGGAGUCUUUUUUAGGGAAUCCAGCUCUUCGGAAAAGCGGUGACGAGAGGAGCUGGGAGACAAAAAUCGAAACACUCGAUGACUUCUUGCAAAGGAGUGGCAGCCCUACCACGCCAAAGAAGCGCAAGAGACGUCAAGGACAAUCUGACACACCAACUACACCAAAGCGGACUGAAAGUAUUACGGAGGCUAGAGAUGAUGGGGAUGUUGUUGAAAGGAGAUUUAAGCGUGGAGAAGUUUUUGGAGGACAGUUGGUGGACAGCCCAAUUCUUGAGGCAAUGGAAGUCUUGGGACCUUUUGAGCUGCUGAAGAGGAAUGCCCAAGUGGAGGAUCCGAUCGGUGGGCUUCUUCGGGAGGCAUCGGAAAUAUCGGUGCUUCCCCCAAUGGACAUGAUGUCUGAAAUAUCUGACUACGAUUUAUCUGAUUAUAGGUUGUCGCCACGCGGGUUGCCGUCAGUUGAGGAGCUGCCGGAGGCGGAGGCCGAAGCGACAGCCUCGGAAGUUGGCUAUUACAGAGACAGUAGCUUUUCUGGAAGCCCCCCAAGCCGAUCAAGGAGACACAGCACAAGCACGAUUCCCGUCGAAGACAAUGAGGAGAAACUGCGCGACAGCGGGAUCGAUGCAGACUGGCUAGAAGCUGCCAUGAAACAGCUCAAGACUCCUGAGCCGAUGAACAGGACGCCAGAGCGCCAGCCCCAGAGACGCCUACGACGAUCUACGCUGGGCGGCCAGAAACUACGAGAACCUACGUCGCUACGAGAGGCGGCAAAAGACCCUGAGAAAAAGACAAUACCGGGAACCAGGGAACGAGUGUUGACGGGAACAGGAACACGACCGGAGACUCCCACGGGGAGGUCCAGUCCCACCAGGAAAGGCUACGGGGCCAUCACCGGGAUGGGCUUUGGACGGCUUGCGAACGGAAGGGUGUCGCCAAUGCCCGCGUCUUCGGCUUCGGAACGAUCCGACACUCCUCCAGCGCUGAAACGGUCGGUCACAUCACCAGUUACUUCAGCGCCUCUACGAAGCCUGCGACGAGCCGUCAGCGCGCAAAUUGGGCCGGGACUCCAGCGACCGGAGUCGCCGUCGGUACCGCUGAUGCCAGCGGCGACUGAGCAGCCUCGAAGCGUCUCAGACAGCAAGAUCCCGUCAGCCACAAGACGCCAGACGGGAGAUGAGGCGCGGGCCGACCCCGGUCGAGGUCGCGGCACGCCCAAUAGCGGGCUGGUGCGACAGCGGACCCCUGAACGGCUGAAAUUCUCGCAGCAAGACGGCAGCACAGUGCGGUCAUCGUCGAAUCCAACGCCGCCGCUGCUGAGACGGGCGGAGAGGCGCUUUUCGCUGCGCCAGCCAAACAGCAGCACCAGCUCCAUCGCCCCGAACCCGAUCCCCAGCCCGAUGCCCGCUAGCACCAACCCGAGCCCAAUCCCAACGCCAACACCAUUUUCAACGUCAACUUCAAAGCCAGAGCUGGCGACAGCGCCAAAGCUAACAUCGGAGGCACCCGUUGCCAAUGAAGGCCGCGUGCGCGCAAAGGACAAGCCGGACGUAUACGAUGGUUUCGGCGAGGGCCGCAUCGGCUCGCCCUUAUCACCAACAAGGCCUCACAGUAUGCGUCGGCGUCAGAGCAUGCAAGUCCUCGAGCUCGAGGCCCGAGUCGAGCAGCUCAUAGCCGAGAACCGCUUGCUCUCCGAUGCUCGCCAUAGCACCGACCAGCAUCUGAGCCAUCGUGUCGUCACCGCUCUUUCCGACCGGGACACCCAGAUCGAGAGUCUCAAGCAGACGCUCAAGUUCCUACGAGGCGAGGUCUCUCGCCUGACCGAGGUCAAUGAUGGCCUCUCAAGCGCCAACGCCGAGCUGGCCAACAAGGACAACAGCCGCUACGCAGACCUGCAGGUCCACGCCGACCGGGGCGAGAACCAGGAUGCCCUCAUGCAGGCUCUGCGCGACAAGGACGCUCAGAUUGCAAGCUUGACGGCCAAGCUAGACGCCGCCAAGGAAAAGAUCCGUGAGCUGCAGCGCCAAAUUCUCGAGUCCAAGGCUGCCGACGUGCAGUUCCUCAACAUCAAGGAUGAGGACUACUUUGACCACCGUUGUCAACAGCUCUGCUCCCAUGUCCAGCAGUGGGUUCUGCGCUUUUCCAAAUUCUCCGACAUGCGGGCCUGCCGCCUGACAAGCGAGAUCAACGAUGAGAAGAUCAUCGACCGCCUUGACAACGCCGUCCUGGAUGGCUCUGACGUCGACAGAUACCUCAACGACAGAGUCAGGCGGCGGGACAUUUUCAUGUCCAUGACCAUGAACAUGAUUUGGGAGUUCGUCUUCACUCGCUACCUCUUUGGAAUGGACCGCGAGCAGCGACAGAAGCUCAAAUCGCUGGAAAAGCUGCUGACAGAAGUCGGCCCACCACAAGCCGUACGCCAAUGGCGUGCCGUUACCCUUACGUUGCUCUCCAAGCGUGACUCAUUCAAGAGGCAACGAGACCUGGACACGGAAGCCGUGGUCCAGGCCAUUUACCAGACCCUAUGCAAGGUCCUCCCGCCGCCUUCUAAUCUGGAGGCUCAGAUCCAAGCCCAGCUACGCAGGGUCAUGCACGAGGCCGUCCAUCUCUCCAUUGAGAUGCGCACGCAAAAGGCCGAGUACAUGAUGCUGCCGCCUCUGCAACCAGAGUAUGACGCAGACGGCGAGCUUGUACAGACUGUCCAAUUCAAUGCGUCCAUGAUGAAUGAGCGGAGUCCGUCCUCGCUGAAGCUGACCAACGAAGAGCUCGAGGCUCGAGGCGCCAUUGUGCGCGUUGUCCUCUUCCCUCUCGUCGUCAAGAAGGGAGACGACGAUGGCUCCAACGACGAGGAGAUUGUUGUCCAUCCCGCCCAGGUGCUCAUUGCUCGCAGCAAACUCACGCGCCAACCCACGCCAUCUGACGGGGGGAGGGUUUCUGUGGGCACUGGUCGUCUGAGCGGCGGUACCAAUUCUCCCAGUACCAGAACGUCGGAUGUCAUCUAA